AUGAGUUCGAGGCAGAAAAGGAGGCAUAUCGAAAAUUGCAAAGUCUUCAAGGGGAUGUCAGAGUGUCGAUUUAACGGGCAUCCAGCACUCAUCCUUUCGGAUAUUGGUGGAUUCACUCUUCAUCAAAUUGCUCGUAGCGACUUCAAAGCUUCAGCUGAAGACUUGAGGGAACUACUUGCGACGGCGCUCAAAACAUUGUAUAACCACGGUGCUGAGUACUGGGAUCAGAAGCUAGACAAUUUCAUGCUCAGUAGUGGGAAAGUGAUAAUCGUCGACCUCGAACAAAUCCAUUCUCGGGAAGAGCCAGGCCGGUGGGAGGAUAACGUCAACUUCGGCGGCAUAGGCUCUCUCAUGGAGAAUUUUCGUUAUGCCCAGAACCCUUAUCGGGAAGAACCACCAGUUUUAAUCCUACUUCCACCCCCACGUCCGACAAAGCCUAUACAGAUCUGGGAGAUCUGGGAACUUGAUGACACGAGUGAACUGUCUGUUGUUGAUGCUGGAUCUCCUCUGGUUUCUAAUAAUAAUGUAUAA